GUCUGCGCACUAAGAUACUCAGUUCCAAGUUUGGAGCUUUUAGCUGCCAGCCCUGGCCCAUCAUGUAGCUGCAGCACAGCCUUCCCUAACGUUGCAACUGGGGGAAAAAAUCACUUUCUAGACUGUUUUGCAAGGUGUGCAAUUCCACUUUGACUCCCUGAAAGUCCAUCAGCUGCAUCGGUCAAGAGAAACUCCACUUGCAUGAAGAUUGCACGCCUGCAGCUUGCAUCUUUGUUGCAAAACUAGCUACAGAAGAGAAGCAAGGCAAAGUCUUUUGUGCUCCCCUCCCCCAUCAAAGGAAAGGGGAAAAUGUCUCAGUCGAAAGGCAAGAAGCGAAACCCUGGCCUUAAGAUUCCAAAAGAAGCAUUUGAACAGCCUCAGACCAGUUCCACGCCGCCUCGGGAUUUAGACUCCAAGGCUUGCAUAUCUAUUGGAAACCAGAACUUUGAGGUGAAGGCAGAUGACCUGGAGCCAAUAGUGGAGCUGGGGCGAGGUGCGUACGGGGUGGUGGAGAAGAUGCGUCACGUGCCCAGCGGGCAGAUCAUGGCAGUGAAGCGGAUACGGGCCACAGUGAAUAGCCAGGAACAGAAACGGCUGCUGAUGGAUUUGGAUGUUUCCAUGAGGACGGUGGACUGUCCAUUCACCGUGACCUUCUACGGUGCACUCUUCCGGGAGGGCGAUGUGUGGAUCUGCAUGGAGCUCAUGGAUACGUCACUAGAUAAAUUCUACAAACAAGUUAUUGAUAAAGGUCAAACAAUUCCAGAGGAUAUCUUAGGAAAGAUAGCAGUUUCUAUUGUAAAAGCGUUAGAACAUUUACACAGUAAGCUGUCUGUUAUCCAUCGAGACGUCAAGCCUUCUAAUGUGCUCAUUAACACACUGGGCCAAGUGAAGAUGUGUGACUUUGGAAUCAGUGGCUACCUGGUCGACUCUGUUGCUAAAACGAUCGAUGCCGGUUGCAAACCAUAUAUGGCUCCUGAACGAAUAAAUCCAGAGCUCAACCAGAAGGGGUACAGUGUGAAGUCUGACAUUUGGAGUCUGGGCAUCACCAUGAUCGAGCUGGCCAUCCUUCGGUUUCCCUAUGAUUCUUGGGGAACGCCCUUCCAGCAGCUAAAACAGGUGGUCGAAGAGCCCUCUCCUCAGCUCCCAGCAGACAAGUUCUCCGCCGAUUUUGUUGACUUUACCUCACAGUGCUUGAAGAAAAAUUCCAAAGAACGGCCCACAUAUCCAGAGCUUAUGCAACAUCCAUUUUUCACCGUACAUGAAUCCAAAGCAGCAGACGUGGCAUCUUUUGUAAAACUGAUACUUGGGGACUAAAAAGCCAUGGACUUAACUGGUCGACCCUACUGUGGAUUGGUGGGUUUACAGGGUGAAGCAAGUUCACUACAGAGCCAACAGAAAGUCAUCUUGAGGUCAUUGAACCCUGCCUUUCUGAGGGGUUUCCUCUCCCCGUUUUUCUUUUUCCUCUCCAAAGGGGGCCUUGGAAUCUCUAGCGUAGGCUGAACUCUCUAGAUGGAUGAAAUACGACAAAGGCUUAGGACUUGAAAUGGUGAUUAAAUAUUUAAUGGCAAGUCAUACGGGUCCUCGAGCUUCUCAGAUCUCUCGUGUUCUUUACGAAAUGAAUGCAAUUGGCCCUGGUAACAAGGUGCUACAGUAGUGAAGAGAUUGUAAAGUAGAUUUGUAGCGUAUCCCACUUAUUAUUUUAAUAUUUAUGUUUCAGUGCUUGGUUGGAAAUAUUCCAUUUUAUGCAAGAAGGGAGAUACAGAGACAGGGCUGACUUGGCAGUAUUUAUAGGGCUUUUAUUUUUUUGAGUUCAAUCAUGUCUGUGGUCCAGAGGAAGUUAUUUAAUAUGCAUUUUUAAGGAUAUUAUAAAAAUCUCCAGCAAAGGGGCUCUUCCUGUACAGUGUGGCUUGCAGCUCUCAUGGCUGCUGCUUCCGACCAUCAACUCAACCGUGGCUGAUCAUCGCAUCUUUUGAAUGAACUGUCAAAGUUAAUGUUCCCCCGCCUCCCUCCCCCAACUUUGGAAACCAUGAAAGUCACUUGUAUCACGGCUCAAAGAGUAAAGAAUACAAUGGUUCUCUUCAAAUUUGUGGCAUAGUAUCAGUGGAAAAAUGAAAAUAACAGAAAGUGAUGUGCUUUUUAUAGUUUGCCUAUCUCUUUCUCUCUGUAUGUAUUUGUGUGUGUGUGUGUGUGUUUGUGUCUGUUUUUGUGUGUGUGAGUACAUUUAUAAACCAAGUCCUACCUACCACGUGGCUUCUAGGAACACCUAUAUUAGUUAAAAGGACACCUGAUAAGUCAUGAGAGAAGAUAUGGAAGCUCACAGAGAGAAAUGAGGCUUUCUGCUCUUGUGCCUCCUCAAUGGAUACUCCCCAAGGCCUGCUUCUAUAACGCAUGAACAAUCCUGCCUUGCUGGUUGGUUCUCACAUCCAAUGAAGAAGUCUUAUUAUUAGAAGGGCUAUGAUAAGAGAAGAUAAACGCCAGUAGUCUUUAAUGAAAUGAAAACUUAAUGAAGAACAGUGCCUUGGGACAGACUGCCAAGUUGUCACAGGCUCAGGCCAUGUCUUAGUAUAAUACCAUGGAGUAGCUCGCUCCACUCUCAAGCUCUUGCAGGUGGACUGAAUUCUUGUGAUUAAAGACGUCAUGAGUUCUCUAGUUUAAGCAUCCUCUAGGAUUGAGAAGUAUUCUGAAUGACAGGGAAAAGGUAAAUAUUUGCUAGAUAAUGAGGAAUGUUGGCUUUGUUACAGUGUUACUAUAAGGCAAUUACUAUUGGAAUUCCUAGACAGCGUGUUGAUAAAAAGGGAAGAAAAAAAUAUUCAUACUUAUUUUUUAUUUCCCUUUCCUGACCUCUUGGAAUUCUCCCUUCCAUCCCCUCUGGAUUUGGAAGCGUUAACAGUACAGUUUCCAUUGUAUUAUUUGCAUCUUCAGGACUCUCUUCCACAGGUCACCUGUUCAGAGUGUGUCUGACACUUCAGCAUCUCUUUUAGAGUCUCUUGUAAGGGAUACCUAUUGGCAGGGCCGAGGAGAUGGCUGUCAGUGAAACACUUGCGUCUCAGGCAUGAGGACUUGCAUUCAGCUUCCUGGAACCCACAAAAACCUGGCCUUGUGGCACAGGCCUGCAAUCCCAGCAAUGGCAAGAUAGGAAGGGGAGACAGACAGAUCUCUGGAAGCCUAUGGAUGGGUUAGCCUGGCCUACAUACUGAAAUUCAGUGGGAGACCCUGUCUCCAGGAAAAGGUAGAAUGUACCUGAGGACAGAUGACCUUUCCACGUGUGUUGUGUGUGACCACACUCUUUCCAUCCCUCCAGACACCCCUCUGCCCACUACCUGUUUGAUUAAGCACAGAUUCAUCUGCUCUAAAGACUCAUUUGUUUUAUUUCUUUCUUGCCAGAAAAGUGGUAUUCUUCUCUUGAUUGUGUCCAUUCAGUUUCCCACCCACCUUUCUAAGUUGGAAAGUUCCUUUCUUUGACAUAAGAGAGAAGUCAUAUCUGUCUUCCGGCUCCAUUUGAUCAUCUUAAGAGAACAGAAAGCAAUGGGGGAGAAGCCUGGGGAACCAAUCCUCUUACAACUUCCGGUGAAAUUCCUGAAGUAAAUUGUCUUUCUGGUCUGUAUCUGA